AUGGACAGUAACGCUUGUCACAACACGCCGCCUCAACCGAGUGCGGACACCGGUGGCGAGACGUCAAAUCAAAACGACGUUCCCACGGUCACCGUGGCGAUGCCGUUCAUGCAGGUCGACAUGCUUGGUCACUCCGGAGCAUCCACCUGUGCUGGCGCGCAAGCUACAACGACAAAUCGAAUGACCGAAGGAGAGGAAAUUCCACCUCCGAAACCAGACUUCUCUGCGCCACCCCCUUAUGAAGUAGCUACCAAAUUACCCAGUUAUGAAGAAGUCCAGCGUGAAAAGACUUUACAGGGCGAGCCACAGCCUCAAGUACACAUGUCAGGAAAUAUUAGACCUCCACAACAGCCUCUGACAAUAUUGGCUAUAGACACUGAAGCUGCAGAGGGAGAUCCGGAAAGCGGGCUACUUGGCACUGAUUUUAUGUUCUUCACAGCGUUUCUCGUUGCAUUUCUAUUCAACUGGAUUGGAUUUUUGUUAUUAAUGUGUUUCUGUCACACUAUCGCCUCUCGUUACGGUGCAUUAGCCGGUUUCGGAUUAUCUCUGACAAAGUGGACGCUCAUUGUUAAACAUUCGACCGAUUUGGCUUCACGAGAGAACUCAUGGUUGUGGUGGUUGAUAAUGGCAUUCGGAGUUCUAAUUUGUGUACGUGCCAUUAUUCAAUAUCUAAAUAUCAAACGUGGUUGGAGAUUAUUAUCCGGAAGCGCACAGGAACGUCUACUUUUUUUCUAUUAA